AUGGCCGACGCAAGACAGGAAUCUUUCAAGCUCCUGCGUGAGCCGUGCGUUGAGCUGAGUUCAGUGGGGUUGCGUUUUCGUGGCGGGCAUGCUUCUGCGGCGGAAGUGCUUAGAGCAGUCACUCCUCUUUACCGCAUCUUGCAAGAUCUGGCAUCGAAGAAUGCUCUGGAUAGAAAGCUAGCAGAAUACGCUUUCUUCCCUCUCUCACAUAUCUUCAAUGAGACACAACGACUUCCAGCGAGAUGUCUCGAAAUCACUGUACAGUGUUUGCACAUCCUAAUUGCAGAUGGCUGGCGCGAGCAGUUAUCCCCAGCGUUGGCCAAGCAGCUGAUCAUCCUCUUGACACUUAUUGUUGGGGGAUCGCCAAGUAACUCCUCUGGGCAGUCAGCCAAGGCACAGGUCGCAGAAGAGCUCUCUGUAGCUUGUUUUGACUGCCUCCGUGAGGUUUUUGAUCAAGUUCGCGGUCCAGUUGCCGAUGAGACCAUCUUUCAUGAGAUUGGCACGGCGACGGUUGUCGAUCAGACAGUGUACCUGCUCCUCGAAGCAGUUGUGGACGAUAAGUCUGACGCCCUUUGUAUUUCGAGUGCCAAGUCGCUGAAAUCUCUGUAUGCUCGCAUAACCGAUCGUGUGGUGCUGGCGAGCAUCAUGCCGCGUACCGUCUCAGCCCUGGCGAAGGUCAUUCGUCCCACUACACAGAGUCGGCGCUCUUACAGACUGUUGCAGACAUGCCUGGAAAUCCUGCAGCAAAUGAUAAGAGCAGUUCUCAGCGAUAACGUGGUUGAAAACACAGCGGUUGUCUCUGCCAACGUUGGCGAGAGUGAUAAAUUGACCCUCGAUGCUUCGUGGCUAAAGGCGACGACCACGCAAAUCAAGCUGGCCCUUGUGAAUGUCAGUCAAGUUCGUCGACAUUCAAGGCUCGAAGUACAGGAAGCACUUCUGAACCUAUGCACUAUGGUCAUCGAAGAUUGUCAGUCCACUCUCAAGGAUGCUGUGCCCAUGAUGGUGGAAACCAUCGUAGUGCUGGCGGGUGUUGACGAGACUUAUUCAAACCAAGCUUCCGUGACUAUUCUGCACCUUGCCACUGCGUAUGCUAUCGUGCUCGAUUCUUUGAAGGAGUCACUAUACACGUGGCUUACAUCCUUUCCAAGAAUCAUGCAAAGCAGUGACGAAACAGCAAAACAAUGGGGUAUCCGUCAAAUAUCCACGGUCUUCAAAAUUCUCUCACAGCUCCAAUGCGGCUCAGUGAUUCUGUCAGGAAGUCUCGCCUCUGGAUUGUGUGAUAGUAUGAGCGCUGUCGUCAAACACACCGAAAGCUCUGUGCAGCCAGUCUCGGCAUCGGCUGGCUUACAGUGGGACGUUAUUGUCUCCGAGUCUCGGUCAAGAGAGUUUCCAUCCAUUUUGUUGGAACAUCAGAGCCAGCAACAAACUUUGAAAGACAUGUUGCUUCUUGUUCAUCAAUUGAAUCGCUCUGAAUCAGGAAAUGAAAUCACCAGGUCAAUCAUCAAUCGCUUGCAUGCUGGUCCGCAAAACUCAUCCUUGGCCCCCUUCUGGUUAGCGUUGAACGCGCUCCGCGCGCAGAGCCAACACUCCGCUGAGUUUGAUGAUUUCAUCGUUGAUGAUAGUACGGAGAAGUUCUCCUCCCUAGCCAGCCGGAACAGCAUGAUCGAAGAACUCUACUUCUCAUCCUUAACCAUCCUCAAUGAAUUCCCUGCCGAUGUAUCCUCAGAUUGGCGAUUGGCGGCUUUAGCACUAGAGGCAGUUGCACUGCAGGCGAAACAACAGGGAGAAGCGUUUAGGCCGGAACUCAUUGAUGCCCUAUACCCUACACUCCAUCUCCUCGCAUCCAAUAAUAAAGAGCUUCAGCGACACGCUAUGAUCUGUCUCAAUGUCCUCACCCAGGCUUGCAACUAUACCGACACGAGUACUAUGAUCGUUGAGAACGUCGAUUACCUGGUGAACUCUGUUGCUCUCAAGCUCAAUACAUUUGACGUGUCACCAUAUCCGCCUCAGGUGCUGUUCAUGAUGGUCAAGCUGUGUGGUGCCAAGCUGGUCCCGUAUCUGGACGAUCUUGUUGACUCCAUCUUUGGCAUAUUGGACAUGUACCACGGCUAUCCAAAGCUCGUCGAGAUAAUGUUCAAAACGUUGGCUGCAAUUGUUGAGGAAGGGACCAGAAAGCCUUCCCUGCUAACAAUCGACAAUGGCCGUGAAAUGGGGCCUCACGAGAGUCGCAAACUCCAGUAUCAGAAUUUGGCUCUAGCAACUGUCGCGAAAGAUAUCGCCAAGCGUAAAUCGAGGCGCGCUGAACUUGCUGAAGCUGACGAGGAGGUUGAUGGUAUCAUUUCUCACCCACAAAAACCUUGGUCUGAAACCUACGACAAGCCAAAGCCCGAACCUGAAACAAUCGAGGAACUGUUGAAUCAAGCUGAAUCUGACGAGCCAUUACCGCCUCCAUCAGAACCUGAGGAAGCCGAGAAACCGCUCAGCAAAACGCAUAAUCUUCUUCUUCAUAUUGUGAAAUCCAUCCCGUCGCACAUCUCCUCACCUUCGCCCCACCUUCGGCGAUCGCUGCUGUCGAUGCUAAUAAAGUCGCUUCCUACACUGUCUCAAAACGAGAAUAGUUUCCUCCCUCUCAUAAACGAUCUAUGGCAUUCAGUGGCUUCCCGGGUCAUUUUCCCAUCUUCCCCGUCUACGAUGUCUUCCCAUCUUUCAACCGACAAAAGUCUUUCCUCAGCGGAAUUCAAAGGCUUUACCACCCUCUCGGACUCAUCCGAGUCUCACGAAGAGAUAUUUGUCAUGACAGCUGCCUGUCAAACGAUCGAAGCUAUGUGCAUUGGUGCGGGCGACUUCAUGGCGACACGGGUUGAAACGGAGUUCCCACGUUGGGUUCGUCUGUACACGCGAAUCUGGAGUCAAGUCAAACGCGAUGCCCAGGCAGCGAACGAACGGAGAGCCCGACAUCAGAAAACACCCAAGGGCGCAAUUAACAUCUCUGAAACGACACACUUCAUAGGAAACACAUCCAAUCAAGCCCUUGUUCUAAACCCUUCUCUUGCCAUUUCCUCCUUCGAAUCAGGCUCGCGCUCUUACGCCUCACACUUUACCCUUUGGAGGUCUUUGAUCUCUUUGUUUGUCACCAUUCUUUCUCAUGUGCGAUUACCAUUGGAAGCAGGUGAUCAGAUCUGUGAAUUGCUGGGAUCAUGGGUUGGACUCUAUGUGGGACCGGACUUCUACCUACGGGGUGAUAAGUUAGGUGUUGAGGGAUCCGCUGGUGCAGACAAGGAAGUGGUCGAAUCCAUUGAUCGAGUCGUCUCCGCGAUGAAUACUUGGAAUGCUGACUUGACCUGGUUCAUCAUGGCUGCUCAGAGACAAAAGUCUGGCCCACCCCGUGCUUUACAAGAAGUGCACACGGUCGAGGUUGAAGGCGAAGCAUAUCGAUUUGCUGCCUUUGUGACAUAG